UCCAAGGUAACUAGUUUAACGACUUUGCAGCUGGGAGGGGGAGUCGCCUUGCGAUGACGUAAGGACGUACUUCCAUCGAUGGUGACGCCCGGUCGAUUAAAAAACUAGCUUCGAUUUAGAAUACACGAACUAUUUUCUUUGUUCUGUAGUGUUGGCUAACUGUUUUCUGUGUAACUGCAUGUACCGUAGAUUCUUUUGAAAGCGAAAGGAGAAAGUAACGGAGGACAAAAAACAUUCUGCAUUUUUUGUUGCGCAUCUGUGGCUACGGCAGUCGGACUUGUUUCGUCUGCCAGCCUCUGCUCUCUGUUGCUGCUGGAGCCUGUAGCUACACAACAACGGACUGUUCACUUGAGGGAGGGAGCGAAGAGGCUGGAGCGGAAGACAGCGGAGCAGAGCAGAGCUGCCCUCCGUUGAGCUAUCGGCAGAGCGACUCUUCAUUCUGGGAACGAGUGCAAUACUGGGGACUGCUACAUACAACGGAAAUGUGAAAUGAACUGUCAAUGAGGAAGAAUAAUUAACAAAUACGCUCAAUUAUUUUUUAUUAGUUUUUUUUUUUUUUUUUCCCAAAGAAACCUUUCAUUUGGGCAUCAUUGGCACGCAAUGGCAAGUAAAAGGAAGUCAACAACUCCCUGCAUGGUCCUUCCCUCUGAAACGGAGGAGCAGGACCCAGACAUGGAGGUGGUAACAGAUGGGGAGGAAGGAGCCGAGGACACGGUGGCAGCUCCCGUCGAAAAUGCCACAGGCCCUGACGAAAAUGAGCCGACCGAGGACGACAUGCAGGCGGUUGACCGCUACAUCAAAACCAUGGACUCCAGCAUGGCAGAAGGUGGCUACGAGUGCAAAUACUGCAGCUUCCAGACCCCGGACCUCAACAUGUUCACGUUUCAUGUAGACACCGAGCACCCCAAUGUGGUCCUGAACUCCUCCUACGUGUGCGUGGAGUGCAACUUUCUAACCAAGCGGUACGACGCACUUUCAGAGCACAACAUGCGCUACCAUCCCGGGGAGGACAACUUCACAAGGACCAUGGUGAAGCGCAACAACCAGACCAUCUUCGAGCAGACGGUCAAUGACUUGACGUUUGACGGAAGUUUCGUGCAGCAGGAGGCAGGCGAGGAGGGAGGGGACAGCCCCGUCGCUGGCAUCCCGCUCAGCAAGACCCCCAUCAUGAAGAUGAAGAACAAGGUUGAGCCUAAAAGGAUUGCCAUGUCCCACAAGGUGUCUGAGGAGGACGAGGUGAAGGUGGAGAGCGAGGACGAGCAGGAGGCAACCCCGGCGGCCCUCCUGGCCCCUGCCGUCACCCCGAUCCCGGUUGAGCAAGUCAAGCCCAGCAUCGUCGUCAGCUGCUCAGGUCUGCUGCAGGCGGAGCCAAAGAAGACCAUCAUCAACUCUGCCACUAUGCUCCCAGCAGGCCUGGCCCAGGUCCUGUCUGCCCUGCAGGCGCAGCAGAACUCCCAGACCCAGCUGCUGAUACCGGUCAGCAGCAUCCCCACGUACAACGGAGCCAUGGACAACAACGCUCUGCUGGUCAGCACCUACAACAGGUUCCCAUACCCCUCGGUGUCCGAGAUCAUGGGGCUUGCAGCCCAGACAAAGUUCACAGAGGAGCAGAUAAAGAUCUGGUUCUCCGCGCAGCGGUUGAAGCACGGGGUGAGCUGGACUCCCGAGGAAGUGGAGGACGCCAGGAGGAAGCAGUUCAACGGCACGGUUCACACGGUACCCCAGACUAUCACCGUUAUCCCCGCCCACCUCUCCACCGCUGCCAAUGGCCUGCAGUCUAUCCUGCAGACUUGUCAGAUCAUGGGGCAGCCGGGCCUUGUCCUGACACAGGUUGGCGGAGCCAACACCUUGCCAGUGACCACGCCCAUCACGCUGACGGUAGCUGGGGUGCCCAACCAGGUGCAGCUCCCAAAGCCCGCAACCAUACAGACGACCCCUGCUGCGGUGGAAACGAAGAAGGCCACCACAGUCCAGCCUCCUGCCCUGACCCCUCAGGAAAACUCUGCCCUCAGCCUGGACAGCCUCGGGAUGCGGACCAAGAAGUCCAAGGAGCAGUUGGCGGAGCUGAAGUCUAGCUACCUGAAGAAUCAUUUUGCCAGUGACGCAGAGAUUGCCCGGCUGAUGAAGCUGACCGGCCUCACCAAGGGCGAGAUCAAGAAGUGGUUCAGUGAUACACGGUACAAUCAGCGCAACUCCAAGAACAACCACAUCUUCGUCUUCAACGAGAGUCCCCCCCGUGCUGGCAGCGGCGCCCCCAUUGUAAUCGACUCCAGUGACGAAACCACCGAGUCCCCCCCGUCCGGGCCCGUCAAAGAAACGCGCACCAAGACGCGCAACCCUUUCCCAGACUUCACGCUCCAGAAGUUCAAGGAGAAGACCCCUGAACAGCUGCUGCUCUUGGAAGAGAGUUACCAGAAAUGCGACACGCCUACCGACGAGGAGCUGAGCAGGCUUAGGACGGAGACCAAGCUCACCCGGCGGGAGGUGGACGCCUGGUUCACGGAGCGGAGGAAAGCACCGGAACCCUCAGAACCUAAAGCGGAGCAGAAGGACAGCGAGGCAGUUAAAUCGCCCCGGCAGAGGAGCCAGACCCCGCCCAGCGGACGGCGGCAGAGCCGGGACAAGAUUGGAAAGAAAACCCCCGAGCAGCUCCACAUCCUGAAGGCCGCUUUUGUGCGCACGCAGUGGCCCUCAGCAGAAGAGUACGACAAGCUGGCAGAUGAGAGCGAGCUGCCUAGGCCUUACAUCGUCAACUGGUUCGGGGACACUCGAUACGCCUGGAAAAACGGCAACCUCAAGUGGUACUACUUCUACCAGAGUGGGAACGUUGGGGCCAUAAAUGGCAGUGGGUACAGGAAGAGGGGGAGAGGCAGGAAUCGAAACCGAGGCCGGGGGUGGUCCCGGAGGAACAAACGUUCCUCAAACUGGGCCCGGUCGCCCCCUGCAAUGAAGUUCAAGACGGGCAAAGAGAUCCUGAAGGAGUACUACCUCAAGCACAAGUUUUUGAAUGAGCAGGAUCUGGAUGAGCUGGUAGCAAAGUCCAACAUGGGCUACGAGCAGGUGCGGGACUGGUUUGCUGAAGUUGGCAAAAGGGAGGAAAUGGGCGUGGACCCGUUUCUCGAGGACGUGGAGGAGGAGCCGCAGGUGGAAGGUGAGAGCAAGACGGUGGCGGAGCAGCAGACGGAGGCCGCCGCCGAUGAAGAUGAGGAGGAAGAUGAAACGGAUGACAGUGAUGCGUGGGAGCCCCCUCAGAGCGUUAGACGGACACAGUCGGGGUCGGAGGAUUAGCAGUGACGAUGAUCCAGAAUUUUCACUUUAUGUAUAAAUGCAGAAGAAGAUGGAAGGUGUUCAUCUCUUUGCGGAUUGAGCUUCAGCUGUGUUACGUAGCGGACCAACCAAAUGCUAAGGGAGAGUUGCGGUAGUUUUCAAAUCCAAUGGAGAAAAAUGUUUGGUGCCAAAGUAACGCUUCUGUGGGCGUUUCCUUUUUCCAGCAGAUUGGCUACUCUAUCUUGAGUCACGGCAUCACCCUCACUAUUAAACCUGUUAGCACAUUAUUUAUUGGGUAAACUCUGACCACUACCUCUGUUUUUUAAUAGGUCUUAGACCACUUCUAGGUGGUGAAACCUCACAUAAUUCUUACUGGUAAUGUCAUUACUUUUUGAGACCAAAUGUUCUUGAACAUUUGUGGCAUCAAGUAUUCUUUUUUUAGUUCAAACGAAGAACCCCUUAUUUAUUGCCGUCUCGUCGUUGUUUCAGCAAUGACCUGUAAGGAGAUGGGGAAUGAAACUCAGAUUAUUGAAACCGGUACUUUUUGUCCUUAGAUCUCCUUUUGAUCUUAAAUUAUGUUUGACCAGUAUUUGAACUCUUCUGCUGAGCAAUGAAAGACUAUUUAUUCUAGUAUUCAUGUUUCAAUGCUUUUUUUUUGGUUAACCAAAUACGGGAGCUAAUCAAACUUUUUCUAUCCAUUUCAAUGGUUAGAUAUCAGGGUUGUAUUCUUUUUUUAAUUUUUCACCUUGAACAUAAGGGACAUGCUUAUUUCUUGGUGAAGUAAACUCAGUUAGGGUCCUUUUGUCUGUGACAGGUCCUAACAUUUUCCAUGUUUAAAACCAAACUAAAGCAAAGACCUGGAGAAGUGUCCCUGCGCAAAGGAACACAGUUUUAUCCAAAUGUAAAUUACUCCAGUGCACAAAAUAGUGCUUUUUAGUUGUUUUUAUAUGUAUAGAUUUCUUUACAAAUCACGGGUAAGAAUAUCUCUAAGCAGUGCAGUGCAUCAGCGGCUGUGUGAGCCAUGCAGACUGAGUUGUAUCCACAGAUACUACGUAUGUGCACACAGUUGUGUUAAAAAAAAUUGUUCAGGGCUAAUGGAAAACGGGAAUAUUUUCUGCUGUCGUGUCUGUGUAUGUGUGUGUGUGAUUGUGUGUGUCUGUAUGUGUGCCUGUGUGUGUGUCUGUGUGUGAGUGCAUACGUGCGUGGGUGUACACGUCUACUAGUUUUUUUGUUUUGUUCUUUUAAAUCAGGCUGGAUGUUCCUGACUGGUCCUCCCCCUACAAUUAGACUGUUCAGUUUUCAGAUAUGCAACAAAGUAACAAAAUGUGACAAGAUAGUAGCUUGGUUCGGCAAUUUACGGGGUCAAUUUUAAAUACUGUACAAUGAAAUUGGUUUUUUUAUUCCUCUAACAGCUGGCUUCUUAAUAUGUGAAAGUACUUUAUGAAAUUAUUUAUUUGUUGUAUGUUUAAAAAAAAAACAUAAUUAUAGUCACUUUUAGAGCAAUAACAAAUGAAAGUGUUCUGAACAUAAUCAGUGGCUGUUCCAGUCUGGACUGUAAAUAAACUAUGCUUAAUGUUGUGAAGAUUCACAGUUAUUGUGCUUUGAUUUCACCCAUGAGAAGUUUGAGUAUGGAGAACUCCAGAAGGACAUGGGACAUAGUCCAGGACUCGUACUAGCCUAUACUGUGGACUACAUGGUUUAGAGUGUCUGACACUCGUUAAAGACAGACAACAGUACCAAGGUCACAGGUACUCAAAAGACUGACUUUUGAAACUUCUAAUUGGUCCAGAAUGUUCCUGCUCUAAAACCACUAAGGAAAAGAUAAAGUUGACAUUCAACUUGUACAUAUAAUGUAAUGCCAUGGUAAUUGAUCUGUAGUUUUUAAUUAUUUCUAAAAUACUUUUUCUAAUUUACAAUAAUACUCAGCUUAAGCUUGACUUCAAUCCAUUUUGUGGUGUAUAAAAGAAAAUUAAGGAAUACAGUAGUUGGUUUGGCCAUUUUGUUUUGCUCACUUGAGUAAAGGAGUAAAAGGGGAAAGACUUAUUUAAGAUGUAAAUGUGUUUUGCAUUUCUUUCCUAUGGAUCUGUCCUGGCCCACCAUCUUGACUUCAGCACAUAACAUCAAGGUCCUUAUUGACUGUGUAAAGUUUUGCCUACCAUGUGUUUAAAUAGGUGAAUCUUGUAUAUUACUAUGAUAUGUUUUAUUUUCCUUUUUCUGUAAAAAGAGUAUUGAAUGACUCUUGAAAGCUACUAUUCAUUGGACAUGUUUGCUCAUAGAUGCAAAAAUUCUCGCUCAAGUUAAUUUUGCAAAAGCUGUUUUUUCCUGUAAGUGACACAGCUAAAAUAAUUUUAAAGAAUAAAUGCAUCUGAAAAUGCUUGUAUGUGUACUAUCCUUAGUUGUAAAAUCAAUGUCAGGCCUGCAACAAAGUUAAAAGAAUAGGUGUGACAUGAUCGCUCAUUACUGUCUAUUCUUCUAAGGUUGCCUUUUUGCUUAGUAAAUUUUGUGAAAUACCUAUGCUGAAAAUCAAGCAUGAAAAUUUGCUAUGUAUAUGGUUUAUAAGUAUUUUUUUUCUUUUUUUCUGAUGAGGAAUCUUUUGUGUUUUGUUUUGUUUUUUAAAUUACCUUGAUACAGGGCAAUACUGUGGACCCAUGCAAAUACUCUGUCAUCAGAAACAAGCUUUGUUCUCUUGAACUGAAGCUAUUGUUGAGUGCAAUUUAAGACUGAAAGAUGUUUUAACAAGCUGUGGCUUUCACUUGGGUAAUACAAAUUAUAUCUUUUAUACUGAUGUGUUUGGAAACCAUGCUCAAUAAACCACUGAAGAAGA